AAAGUACUAAAUUCAGUAUAGGCGUAACUUUUGAGUACACUAUGGUUCCCCCUUCGUUCUCGGAUCUUGGUAAAGAUGCACGGGACUUACUCUUUAAAAAGUUUUAUUUUGGACUGUAUAAUAUUCACUGCACGACAAAGAAAAAUGACAUUGAAUUUAAAGCCAAUAUUAGUGAUGGACCUAAACCAAAUAAGAUGCAUUUCAACCUGCAAGAAAAGUUCUCCUUUCCAAAAUAUGGUCUAACUAUGACGAAAAACUGGUCUUCCAACAAUCUAGUUGACGGAGAAAUAGUAUUUGAAGACAAAUUAGUUGACGGGUUGAAACAAACUUUUCACAUUUCUCGCGAUCCUUUUCAAAAUUGUUUUCAUGCCAAUUUAGUCAAUUCUUUUCGAAACAAGCAUGUGAAUUCUAACGUCGAAAUGUUCUUCAAGUCUGCUAUCCCUGAUUUGUCCCCAUCUUUUGUUUUUAAUUACCAAGGCUAUUUGGUUGGUGCAGAUGUUAAAUUGGAUUGUACAAAUCAAAUUUUACAAAAAGCUAAUUUUUCUGUCGGUUACACAGUACAAGAUUUUACUUUUCAUGGUUUAAUUACAAAUUGGGGUAAACAAUUUUCAGCCAGCAUCUUUCAACGUAUAACUGAUCGACUGCAUAUAGCAGGUUCAAUUACAUGGAAACGUGUUCCAGAUGAAACUGUUUGGGCUGUUGGAUCACAAUAUAUAUUAGAUAAUGAGAAAAAGCAUUCUGUGAAAUUGAGACUAGAUCAUUUAAAUCAGAUCAGUUUGGCUUUUACAACAUAUUUAUCAAAAAGUCUUCAAUUGACAUUGAGUGGAGUUUUCAAUGGUUCAGAUUUGACAAAAAUGGGUAUUGGUUUAGAAUUGAAUGCUUAAAACAUUUAUGAAUAUACUAAUUUUUCUAUGAAUUAAAAUAAAACAAUAUGACUAUGUAUCAAUUAUAGAUGUAAAACAAUUAUGAAUGAAUUAGUUCACUUUCUCUUUGCCCCGGUUUCAUCGUUACAAUCAUUCUUUCAUCAAAUACAAAAGUAUUAGUUAUUUAGAUUGUUCAUGUUGAAAAUUUAUUCUGUCAUUUCAUUCAUGGUUAUGUUGCUUCUUUAUUGUUCAACUGUUUUCUUUCCACCACUACCACUUCCAAACUAUUUAGUCUAUAUACUGCCAUUACAUUAUCCAAGUGUAUAUGACCUUUUGUAGGUGUGUUUUGCCUCUGCUUUUUUUUUCUAAAGAUUUUUAUUUAUUGAUGAGAUUACAUAUUAAGUUGAAUAUCUUGAAAGAAUCUGUAUUUCAUCAUAAAUAUAGAUAGUUACAUGU